AUGGCUCUCAUUGCUCUAUUGUUCGUGGCGAUGAUGGCUGCGCCGGCUUUCGGAUCUGACUACGUUGUGGGAGAUGACGCCGGCUGGAAACUCAACGUGAACUACACCGCAUGGGCGCAGGGAAAAGAAUUCCACGUCGGAGAUAGGCUAAUUUUUAAGUAUGCACAAGGGUCUCAUAACCUGCAUCGACUGAGCAACGCGGCUGACUUCCAAGAGUGUAGGAUGUCCGGUGCUUCCCUGACAGGAAGUGACAUAAUUACCCUUGCUAGCCCGGGCAAGAAGUGGUACGCUUGUGGCGUUUCAGAGCACUGUUCCAAAGGGAUGAAGUUGGCCAUAAAUGUCAUUUCAGACUCGGCUCCAUCUCCUUCUCCUUCCCCUUCCCCUCCUCCCCUUGUGGAUUCAGCUGCUAAUGGAUACUCCGCCCUCAUAUCUUGGGCUUGGGCUUGGGCCUUCGCUGCUUUAGUACUCUAUAAAACCAUCAUCGCCUAA